AUGGAUUACGCAGCUUCGUGUCAGUGUUGUACACUUUCCGUAAUAGCAACCUGUCUCGCGAUAUUUUAUAUUUUGAGAUGGUUGUUGCUAAAUUAUUUCGCAUCCGGUGAUUCAUGUCCGAAGAGUUGGACAAAUGCCAAAAACUUGAAUUCAACUCGAGGUUUGAUGAAAGUUAAGAUAGCUUCGUCACACUUGUCGAAUGGGUACAAAGCUGAUGAAAAUAAUAAUAAUAAAAUUAAUCAUAAUAAUAAUCAACAAAUCCAGUUCAGUACUUCACUGUCAAAUAAAUAUUUCGCAAAUAAUAAUAACUACAAUUUGAAUACCAAAAACAGCGAUUACCCAUCACUCAAAACAGCGCAAAUUUGUUGUAGGAAAAUUUCACAAAUUGAUCAUGUGGAAGAAAUUUCAAAUGGAAAUUCUGUUGACAACACACAUACAGCAGGUACACCUUACGACAGAAAGGAGAUCAGUCAAGUGAGAGGCAUCAAUGUAUAUGACCUGCUUAGCAACACCAGCACAGGCAGCUCCAGCAUUCCACAUGAAAUUUUUUAUGAUGCAAAUGAUCACCACAGUCCCACACAAAAGUGGAAAUGUUUAAGCUGUUACAGCAACUUCACACAAUGUGACUGUAAGGUUGUCAUAUAUAAGAGGCGAAAAGGUAUUCUGCAAACUGUUAAGAACAAGGGGUUGAGGGUAUCUUAUGAAUGA